AUGUCACGAUUCUUCAAGAACUUCCGCAUGCAGGGUACUAACCUUGAAAUCAUGAAGUUUGCCAUCUGUGUUACUUUCCCUAUUGGUACCAUGAUUUGGGUCGGUAACGAUACCCAUGAGAAAUUCAAUGUGCCCAAUUUCUGGCCUGACCCAAGCACUCUUCAUCGUAUCCCCAAGACUCCAGAAGAACUUCAAGCUGAACUUGCUCGUAUGAGAGCAGCUCGUGCUGAGAAAAGAGCUCGAUUAGAACGUGAAGCCCAACAAAUGAGUAUUGUGGCACCCACACAGGAAGAACUGGAAGCUAGAGAACUUGAAGGAAUGAAAAAUAGACUCAAGGUUAGAGAGCUUGCUGAACAAGCACUUCGUCAGAAGCAAGAAGAAGAAGAAGAAGCAGCGACAGCAGCAGCAGCAGCAGCAGUGGUAGCAACAGAGGCAGUUGAGGUGUCUAGUUCGUCUGCAGCUGCUUCAGCUUAG